ACCCAAAAAAAAAGAAGAAUUCAACCUUACAAUGCUAUCUAAUUACGUUACUUUUCCAUUUAAUCCAAUAUAUAUAAAGGAAAAUAUUUCGCUGUUUUCCGCUUUGCACAAAAAGGAGUUUUAUCCUUCCCCACCUCUUCUCUCAUGGCAGCUCAGAAGGUAGUGCUGAAAGUCUUGACCAUGACCGAUGAGAAAACCAAACAGAAAGCCAUAGAAGCAGCUGCUGAUAUCCUUGGGGUGGAUUCUAUUGCUGCUGAUCUGAGCAGUCAGAAGCUGACAGUGAUAGGGGAAAUGGAUGCUGUAGCGGUGGUGAAGAAAUUGAAGAAAGUGGGGAAGGUCGAUAUAUUGUCGGUGGGGCCCGCAAAGGAAGAGAAGAAAGAGGAGAAAAAACCAGAGGAGAAGAAACCGGAGGAGAAGAAACCGGAGGAGAAAAAACCAGAGGAGAAGAAACCGGAGGAGAAGAAACCAGAGGAGAAGAAGCCGGAGGAGAAGAAGUAGUAAUUGAUUCUACUUUUUUUGUAUUUUCAAUAAUAAAUGAAUUCUUCUGUGUUCUUACCAAGAAACGAAACUCAAUUGAAAAAAAAAACCCAUCUUUGUAUUGGAUUCAUCGGCUGGCGUUGGCAUUCUAUUCAAGAAUUCAGUGGUUUCUCUC